GUGCCUCUCUCUAUCUCUCUCUCUUCGAUGGCAACAAUUGCACCCUCACUCCAUUACAGUCUCCUCUACUCUCCAAACCCUAGAGGAAGAAGAAGAUGCAAUUCCCAAAAAACCCAUUUCGAUUCUCAAAGGAAUCGCCUCAUUCUCACAGCCUUCUCUUCUUCAUCUCAGCCUUCAGAGGCCGCCGCUGAAGCUGCAGCCACUGCAGAAUCUUGCGUCAAUUCGGGCCUCUCUCUCUUCUCUAAAGGAAGGGUGAAAGAUGCUCUGGUACAGUUUGAGAAUGCACUUGAUAUGAAUCCAAAUCCUAUCGAAGCCCAAGCAGCACUGUACAACAAAGCCUGCUGCCAUGCUUACAGGGGGGAAGGGAAGAGAGCUGCAGAAUGCUUGAGAACUGCUUUGCGAGAUUAUAAUCUUAAAUUCAGCGUCAUUCUUGAUGAUCCUGACUUAGCUUCAUUUAGAGCUUUGCCAGAGUUCAAGGAAUUACAAGAAGAGGCCAGGCAAGGUGGAGAGGACAUAGGAUAUGGAUUUCGUAGAGAUCUCAAGCUCAUUAGUGAAGUUCAGGCUCCAUUUCGUGGGGUGAGAAGGUUCUUUUAUUUCUAUGUCAAUUAA